GUCUCUUACGGAACCUAUUUUCUUAGGAAGGAAACUUAAUAAGACAUAUAUUGAACUGAAUGACAAAAAAAAAUUAUUUCGUAUCUUAUUUUUAUAUAAUGUUCAAAGUACACAGAAUAAUUGAAUGUUUCUAUUCGUGAAAAUACAUUUCUGUCUCAUAGAACUCAAUUUUUCUUUAUUAUAUUAUUACUAAGCUAUAUACUAAAUUGCUGGAGUAAUUUUUUCUCUUUGACAUGCUUAUUAUGUUUUGUAGAUUACUAAUCAGAAGAAUUAUAAUCAUAAACACUGUGUAGAUGCUUAAAAACACACAUCUAUAUAUGCAUUAGUUGAUUUAUAUAUGAAUUAUAAUCAUAAACACUGUGUAGAUGCUUAAAAACACUGUGUAUAUAUACAAGCUCAACACUUUAGUUCAUAUGUACCUAACCCAAAUUACACCAUUGACCUAGAUCCACUCCAUUUGCGCUCUCUAUAUAUAGAUCCACUCUGCCAAGUAUUCAUUCACACAAAAAACACACAACAACAUCCAAAAAAUAAACGGCUGAACAUUGAAAUAUUAAUUAAGCUCCAACAUUAUAAAUCAAUUAUACGAAAUGGCUCGCGUAAGGAUCUCCAUUUCGAUUAUUUGCUUAUUGAUUUUAAUUGUAGGUUUUGUCUCGCAAUCUUGUGAAGCUAGAAAGGUUCUAAUGCCUUAUGGUGCAAGCAAGGGAUUGUUUCUUAGCGCCCUACCAAAGGGCAAUGUCCCACCUUCAGCUCCAAGCGACAAGGGUCACACUUCUCCGCCAGAGGAUUAUUCCGAUCAUCAUACGGUUCCAGAAAUCUCGCCAGAGAUUUACCGUCGACUAGGAUCGGUCCCUAGCCCCGGCGUCGGUAAUUAGGCACAUUGAUUACCGACAUUUAUAUAUUAUUUUCGACUUCGUUUCAUCAUAUUAUCAUAUAUAUUGUACGUCGUCUUAUAGUGAAGUCUGUGUGUGUGUCUGUGUAUUAUAUGGUACUGACUACUGAAAUAGAUGUAUUUGCGUGUGUAAUCCAUAAUUGAGUACUAAAAAUCACUAUUUACAGUAAAUUUAUUGUCUUUUUGUGUGUUUAGCAUAUGGUACUUAUGAAUAUGUAGGCAACAACAUGCAGCUCUUCUUUUCGCGAUGAAUAAGACAAAAAUUGAGAAAAUUAUUGUAUAUGAAUUAUGUAUUUUUAAAACAUGGCCAAGGCCAGACCUGAAAGAUAUUCGGCCACCAAGCAAAAAGUAUUUUUUGGCCCUUUAUCUUUUUUAAGAAAAUAUUACAGUUUAAUGAAUUGAACUUUGCACUUUGACUAUAUAUCCUGAGAUAGUAAGGUCUUUACCAGUAAAGCUAUGUAAAUUUUAUGAUAAUAUUGACCCCCUAAAUAUAUAAAUCUUGUCUGGCCUCAAAACACAUACUUUAUCUGCUUUAUUCAGGCACGGUUCUUGGCCAGCGGUUAAAUACUUAAAUAUCGAAGUAAUUAUUUUAUUCAAUAAUUAUAAUAAAAAUGAAAAGAGAAAGAAAGACCAUGAAAAAGACAU